ACACACACACACACACACACACACACACACACACAUCAACAGUAAUACACUUUGAACUUGACGAGGUGGGCUGAAAAGUGUGCAACUUGCUUUCUGUAUCUGCUUUGAUCAACAUUUGAAGUCUUGAGAGAAGUUUUUCUGAAGCCUGGACGCAAGCAACACUUCUGGAUGGCGUGAAGCAGAAAUGGACAAUCUGAAUAAGAGUCUCGGAAAGGUUUCAAUAGGAGUGCCAUCAAAGCCUUCUAUUUUCACAUUUGUGCCUGUUGUACGGAAAUUACCAUUUGAAAGCAUUAUUACUGAGGAAGAGAGAUCUGGAGCUCUGACAGGGGAACCAAAUAAGAACAUAGCUGGGUCCCAUGAGGAGACAACCAGGGAGACCAUGUCGGAUGAGGAGAUUUUCAAAGCAGAGAAAGUCUUUAUUACGGCGGCUGUGGAAGGAGGAGCAGGAAAAACAACCCAAUCCAGGACAAAACCUCAAUUAAAGCUGUCACCGGAGUACGUGAGCCUCUCUCAAAGCAAAGCCUCUACUGCAGUCAGUGCUCAGUCUGAAAAUAUUCCUAACCACGUAGCUGACGGGACAGCCUCUAUGGAAACAGCUGUUGAUAAACACAGGGGCAUUUCCCUGCAGCAGUGUCACGAUACCUUUGGACUUGCUGAGGUUAGCUCGGGUUUCUUUGCAAAUAGAGCGUCUGUGUCAGAAGACAGAACAAGCCCCACAAACUCAGCAGACCUGUUCCCCACCCCGGCUUCGUCCAGAGAGUCCAUCCUCUCAGAGGGCUCGGACAAAGAGAAGAGCGGGUCCGUCAUGCAGCUUUCCUCUGUAACCUCUCCUGUCUCCUUCAGCCGCACUAUUUCUCCCUGCUCAUCUGUCGUCUCUGGCAUCUUCUCCCCUGCUGUUGUCCAGAUCAGGAGGCACUUUCUUGCACCUGGCUCUAGUCUGAUCAACACCCCUCAAACCUGUUUCUCAUCCUGCGAAAGCCUGACCUCCUCUAUCUGUCCCCAGUCACCUCCUUCCCGGCACCGGCCUCCUCUCACCCGACUCUCCCUCCUCACUGCUAUCCUGAGAAAAGGUCGUCUUCCUGUCUUGUCUUCUGCUCUGCAGAGGCCGUACACCCCUUGCUGGCCUGUCAACCCCGUGACCCUAUCUUUCUGUAACGCGUGCUCAGCGGCCUCCAGUGUGGCCUCCAUUCCUCUGGAGUUUUCCUCCCGAUUCUCCUCAACAGCAUCUAUAGAUAGUCAGAGCCAUAGAUGUGUCACUGCUCCUCCGCCUGUGCAGUCAAAUGAGUUCAGCAGAGCAUGCCUUCAGACUCAAGUGAAAAGAUGCUCAGAGCAGAUUCGGUCAAGCAGUGCACCAAGAUGGGAGCAGGUUAUUUCACCCCCGCCAGUGAAGAGCAGCGCACUACCCCGAGCUCCACUACCUCUGUUUUGCUCAAACUUUAAAUCUGUUUCUGCACCAAAGCAUGAAGACUGUGCAACUUCCAAAGAAAUGCAACACACACACAUCUCCAUUUCGAAAUCCCCUGAGCUGAGACCCAGCAACACUCAUAUGUACCUCAAGGGCCAUGUAGAUAAUAACUUUCAAAAACUCAUAUCCACAUCCUCUAAAAUUAUUAAGGAGCAAGACACUGCUGCGCCCCAGAAAUGGAGUCAUCCACCAAAUUCAUCUCUUUCGAGGCUUCAUGCACUUUCUGAACAACUGAGAUCUCGACCUCUCUGCUCUCCUCAACCUUCACACUCGCCCAGUGUCACAAACACAGCAUCACCUCUGCCUCCUUCACAAAACACCCCAGGAAAGUGUGAGUCAGGGAGGAGCUGCCCUGAUUCUAAAAAUGCCACGACAUCCGAGGAACAUUUUCACAAAGCUCACUGCCUUCCUCCUUCCCGCUACACACCCAUCACUGUCCCUGGAUGGCCAUCACCCACCAGCCACCCCACACCUACGCCCUCUCCUGCUCCACCAAUCAGAGACCUCACCCCAUCCCCUUCUCUCUCUGUGCGCUCCACGCCCUCCCCAAGGCCCGGGAGUGGAAUAUCAGACUGCAGUGACAGGGAGGGUAAAAAAAGAAAGACGCACAAGAUUAAGUUAAGCUACAAAUCACUUGCUGCGAUUCCCACAAACACCCUUCUGUUGGAUCAGCAGGCAAUAGAUGAGCAGGUAGAGAGACAAGAGAGUCCGUGUGACACGAUGGACAGAAGUGCAACAUUAGAAAGAGGUGAUGCGGACACCCAUGCUGAGAUGUGCUCGCCAGCUCAGCUCCGGCAGCAGUCAGAGGAACUUUACGCAGUUAUUGAUGAGAUAUUGGCAAAUUCCAUUCCAGCAUCAGAGCAGCAAUCCAGGUCAUCGACUCCCAGUGCUGGUCUGCAGCAGAACAGCUCAUCAUUUCCAAAAACCUUAGGACGUGAAACCAAAUAUGCAUCUUUAGGUAACUUGUACCCAUCUACCGGUGUGGAAAGAAACCUUAUGGGUCAUAAAAAGACAAAGCCUGGGGUUAUUCGCCCAAUGACAGCCAUUCCAAGACUGAGGGUGGAGGAUGAAGAAGAGUUUAAUCCAAACCCCUUCAGGCAGUCUGACGUCAAACAAACCUUGACAGACAACAAGAAGGUGGAAAAUAAGAUUCGUGAAGAGGCAAGAAAACAUUUUUACACAAGUUCAAAAGGACAAAUAUUAACAGAGGAGAGAAAGCCUGAAAGAAGCACUCAACUGUCAGCAUGUGACCUGCAGAUUACAGAGCCCGAAGACCAGAUCAGUCUUCCUGGUAAAGAUGCUUCAACAUCUUUCAGUCCAACCGAGGGGCGGAUGGAAGCUUUUGAGACUCAUAUUUAAGGCUGUAACAAUAAAACAGCAACUCUUCAUUUUUUUUUAUUAAACCGUUAUCUGCUAAGACAUUAUCAUUAUUGAAAAAUAUUACACAGUUAAAGGAGUAAUGACCAGUUAAUUACACCAGAUCUUAGUGACAGAGUGCAUAUGUACAGCCGUUUACAGCAGUUGACAGUUAAAAUGCCUUACAGAAAGAAUAAAAUACAUGCAGUGCAUGCAUACUGGCAGUUCUCUAGGAAUUCAUUGUAAUUGGGGCCUGGUGUUACAGUCCAGCACUGCUCACUGGACUCCAGAGAUUUGAAUGGCUCCAAAUGUCACUACAGGGCAAUGAGAAAAGCUCAACUUUAUGCAAAUGUUUUUUCGCAUGACUAACAAUCAGGCAAGAGAGAAUCGUGGCUGUUAAAAUACCCACAGAAAUAGAAGCAUAAAGUUGUUUAUCACUCACUUUCAGCUCAUUUGUCUUGCCAGUUUGUGAGCUAUUAAAACAUCACUUACUAUAGAGCUACUCUCUCGGGAAACAAACUGUGCAACAAAUGAACAGCUUCCACUUUGUGUGUACACGGCUAUGUCAGGGCACAAUUGUCCGGUCGAUAUUACACUUCAUAAGAGCUAGGGCUUCACAAGAGACCAGACUUUUGUAUCUGUACGUGUGAAUGCAGUGUUAGGCCUGGGGUUUGGUGAGGAAAGAAAAGAUCGAUGUGUUUAUACCUGAUAUAAACAUUCUUGAAGGCAUUGCGAAGGAAAUCAUAUAGCGAGGGGGAUCAUUGUAGUAGAGCAUAAAAGUCAUGCAUUAUGUAAUUUGUUCCCCUCUAAAGAAAAGACUAUUUUCAUAUCACAGUAUUAAAUGAUUUGAAAUGUAAUAUGUAAUAUUUUCAUAUGUAAUAAAGGACUUCCCUAGG